AAUGGAAAAGGUAAAAUGUAAUAAGCUAUAGUACUGGGAUAUUGAUGUAAUUUUUGACAUUCUCUAUUCAUUAUAUAUAGACCACCAGGACACCCUAUUAGGGUGAGCCAUUAUUCCAUCUUAUUAUUUCAUAUGGUAUCAGCAGCCUAGGUUACCCUAGUUUUUUGAGCCGCCUACCUUCUUCCUUGCGAUGGCCUCUACGUCUGCAACAUCGUCAAUUACCUCCGCUAGUACCCAGGCGCCGGUUUCUUUAUCCGAGCAGCCCCAACAUGUCAAUACGACGACUUCCUCCAACCCAGUUCUAUCCAUGGCCCCGGCAGUCUUCACCAGCUUAUCCGAGCAGUCUCCUUCCUCGUCUCUCUCCUCUUCAGCGGUGCAUCAUCAUGCUUCAUCCUCGAGUGUAUCUCUGCCUACUUCACUGUCCGCACACCGGUUGUUCAACAUGCCGGCUCCCUUUUUGUGGACAUCCACUUCAACUCAGCCUGUGCCAAUGACUUCGCCUGCUCCAUUCUCUGGCACUCGGACAAUACUGGAUCAUCAACUUUCACCGCCUCCUGUCUUCUCGGCUCCUACUUUUUCCGGCCAACCAGAAAUUGGUAUACUCCCGCAGCAGUCCUCUCUGCCUUUAUCAGGUUCUGCUUCUCAACCAUCUUCUUUAGCUUCUAUGGCGGCUCAAUUGGGUUUUUCCACACUCAAUGUUCCGAAUAUUGUCACUACUCGUUUGAGUGCGGUUGAGGAUUAUCUCCCGUGGCGCACCCAAUUUGAGUCUUUUCUAGUUUCCCACAGCCUUUUUGGGAUCCUAGAUGGCUCAAUUUCGGCUCCGCCGCAAUUUACAUGUGAUGCUAUUCGACGGGAAAUUCCUAAUCCCGAAUAUACUUAUUGGCUCAAAAUUGAUCAGACAGUCCGUUCUUGGCUUUUUGCCACCCUUUCGCGUGAUAUUUUGAUGGCGGUCUAUCACCUACAAUUUUCUGCUUGUAUAUGGGAAGCGCUUGAAACUCAUUUUAUGAAUGCUUGUCGUGCCCGUUCUAUAGAACUUAAGCGGCAAAUUUCCCAUAUCAAAAAGAAGGAGACCCAAACCAUUGAUCAGUAUCUCUUGGAAAUUAAAUUGAUAGUUGAUGCUUUAAAUAUGAUCAAAUCUCCUGUUAGCAAUCGUGAUGUGCUUGAAUAUACUAUCAUUGGUUUGGGGCCGGAAUAUGAAUCGUUGCUUACCAUCCUUGACUAUCUACCGGGCGAUCUUACUCUUGAAAAGUUGGGUCCAAUCUUGACGGCCCAAGAGCGGCGGAAUAUUUAUCUACGCUCUCAAGAAAAUGUGGCCUCACACCAGGCUUUUGCCGCCGUCCCACAACGAGGAGGUGCAGCUCGAGGUCAGGCUGGACGUCAUCCUGGAGGUCGUGGUCGUGGUGGCCAGAGAGGUCGUGGACAUAGAGGUCGCGGCCGCGGCUAUGGAGGUCAACCGCAUGCAGCUUAUGGUGGCGGGCAGCAGGCAUAUGGCGGACAGCAGAUGCAUGGCGGGCAACAGCCGCCUCUUCUUCCCUUACCUGCUCACGGCCAGCAAUAUUCUGGACAGCAUGUUUUUGGUGGUAUGCAGCCGCGUGGGCAGCAGCAACAGGGGGUUCCAGGUUUCCCAUCUGUGGACAAUAACUAUUCUCAUGCUUCUCCACCAGUUGUUUGUCAAAUAUGUUACUCCCCAGGUCAUUCUGCCCUCACGUGUCCAAGGUUUGUUGGUUCCUCCACUCCUGCUCUGGCUGUACUUCCUACGGGUGAGACUAAUGCUUCUGUGUGGUAUCCUGAUUCGGGUGCCUCCGCUCAUAUGACCCCUCAUGAAGGACAAUCAGACGGGGGUGCAUCUUCUUCAGGGCUCCAAUAAAGACCAUCUCUAUCCCUUUCAUGCUCUUCAAGCGACCCUAGUUUCUGGACCCACUUGGCACAAACGUUUGGGGCAUUGUGGUGAUAGAGUUUUACACCGACUUCGGCAAAAUAAUUUAAUUACAGUUUCUAGUAGUUUUCUUCAUAAUUGUGUUGCUUGUAAGUUGGGUAAAUCCCACAGACUUCCUUUUUCUGAUGUUGUUCAUAGUUGUACUGCACCGCUUGAACUCAUUCAUUCUGAUGUUUGGCAGUCACCUGUUUUAUCAAAUUUGGGUUUCAAAUACUAUGUUUGUUUCAUUGAUGAUUUUUCUCGUUAUACUUGGAUUUAUCCUAUGCGACGCAAGUGUGAGGUGUUUACUCAUUUUUGUAAUUUUCAGACUCUUGUGGAAAAUCUUUUUAACAGAAAAAUCAAAAUUUUUCAGAGUGAUGGGGGUGGUGAAUUUGAUAAUACCAUUUUUCACAAUCAUUUUUUAAAAUCCGGUAUUUUAUUUCGUAAAUCUUGUCCGGACACUCCUGCUCAAAAUGGUGUAGCUGAACGUAAACACAGACAUCUUCUUGAACUGACAAGGACUAUGCUAAUUGAAUCUUCAAUUCCUCCUACUUUUUGGGUUGAUGCUCUGUACACAGCUACUUAUAUUAUUAAUCGUUUACCUACACCCAUCCUUAAUAAUUUUACUCCUUUUGAAAAACUUUUUCAUAAAUCUCCCGAUUUCUCUUUUCUUCGUGUUUUUGGGUGUGCUUGUUUUCCUAACUUUAUUGCCAAGUCUUCUAAUAAGC